AUGUCCACCGUAGUACCCUCCUGCUCCUCGGCCGAGUUUCGCUGUGGCGACGGCACCUGCAUCCCCUCCACUGGAGUGUGUAACCGAGUCGCUCAGUGUCUGGACCACAGCGACGAGACCAACUGUACGUUUGUAGAGAGGACCUGUUCGCCGUCUCAGUUCCGCUGCUCUGACGGAAACUGCAUCCAGUCCAUCUGGGUGUGUGAUGGAGAGAUGGACUGUGCCGACGACAGUGACGAGAGCCACUGCAGGGGCGCACACAGGGCCUGUGCUCCAGACUAUUUCUCCUGUGGGAGUGGCCUCUGCGUCCCCAACAAAUGGGUCUGUGACGGGCACGCAGAGUGCCCUGAUCGGAGCGACGAGACCAACUGCACCCACACCAGCUGCAGGCUAGAUGAGUUCCUCUGUGGUGGUGGCCGCUGCAUCCCCUCAGUCUGGGUGUGUGACGGAGAGAGCGACUGCAUUGACAAGAGCGACGAGAGGAACUGCAUGACCGUUGACGUGGCAACGACGUGUGGGCCCGGACAGUUCCGCUGUGGAGACGGCGGCUGCAUCCCCUCAUUGCUGGUCUGCAACGGGAACCGCGACUGUGACGACGGCAGCGACGAAGACCAGCAGCAGAACUGCUGUGAGUAGCCUCAGUAACCCCUGCUAAGUGCUGUAGAGAUGACCAGUGGCUCUCUCCUGUGGAACCUUCCAGAAACUGCUGCAACACCACCAGCCUGUAAACCACCAGCAAGCUAUGAGUGAAAAUAAAGAGUUCUGCCAUGGUCUGCUUCGCCGUACGCCGAGAGGUCUACUGG